AUGGACGAGGGAAGUACGAUUACCACGUUGAAAAUUCUGAUUAUCGGCGAAAGCGGCGUCGGAAAAUCGAGUUUGAUGCUUCGAUUUGUUGACGACGUUUUUGAUCCCGAACAAGCGGCAACAAUUGGCGUGGAUUUUCGGGUGACUUCGAUGACAAUCGAUGGAAAUCGAGUAAAAUUGGCGAUUUGGGAUACCGCAGGACAGGAGCGUUUUCGAACUUUGACACCGAGUUAUUAUCGAGGAGCACAAGGAGUGAUUUGUGGUGAGUGUUUAGGGGAAAUACUUAUAGGGAUUUUUAUGGAAAUAUUCUCAAGAAAAUCUUAAUUUUCAGUUUAUGACGUCACAAAUCGAAGUUCGUUUGAAAAACUGGCACAUUGGAUGACAGAAGUCGAUACCUAUUGUACAAAAGAAGACGCGGUGAAAAUGCUCGUCGCAAAUAAAAUCGAUAUGCCAAAUCGUGAAGUGUCUCGAGAAGAAGGUCUCAAAUUCGCCAAAAGACAUCGCACACUUUUUAUCGAAGCCAGUGCCAAAACCAAGGAAGGAGUUCAAUGCACUUUUGAGGAACUCAUCGAAAAAAUCAUACAAACUCCAAAUUUAUGGGAUAAUGAGAGACCGAGAUUUGUAUUGGGACAGACGGAAAAUAAUGGAGGAGGAUCUUGUGGAUGUUGA